AUCUAUUCUGCCUUCCUAACUCAACCAAAUCUUGAAUAUGCUCUUCAAAUUCCUCCUCUUCAUCGUCCUGAUAGCGGGGAUUGCUGCGCAUGGGGGCGGUUACGGUGGAAAUUACGGUGGAAGUCACGGUGGAAACGGGCAGAGCUCUGGAAGCGGUCAUGGACAAAAUGGAUAUGGAACGGGCUCUGGAAGCGGUCAUGGACAAAAUGGAUAUAGCGGAUCGAGUGGACACAGUGGGCAAAACGGUGGAGGAAGUCAUUGAGAAAACGAUUUGCUAUAGCAACAUCGGAUCUUUGAUUUAAUAAACUUGCAAAUCUAAUAAGUCUGAGUCU